AUGAGACCAUUCCUGUCGCCUUGGGCGGCUCAAACAAUUCCCUUCUAUACACAACGCGCCCUCACCCGAUCGUCUCAACGGAAUGCUCCCUGGAUUUGCCGACAAUGUCAACAACACAGCAUCGUCUCCAAGGCAUAUAAGCAGACAACGCGAUCACGAAAGUCAAUACCGCCAAUAACGCGAUCUUUCUCAGCCUCACAACGACACUUGUCGCAAGCCGGGAAACGAGCAUGGCGCGAGCAAUGGGGCAGAGUUCCGCGCGAACGGAAACGGGUCGCCAUCGCAGCUGCAAUCGCCUUCGUCACAUUUGGCGCCGGGCUGGCCUUCAGUGAGAGAGUGCGCCAUGUAUACAUUGGGAUAGAACGAUCUGGACGGGUUGGCGUGGUCCUCUUCCUGUGCAUUCGGGAUUACCUGAAGAUCCUCAAGCGCGAAGAUUGGGACAACCCAGCGUUCCAGGAAGAGCUGAAGGAAGUACACCAGAGAUGUGCCGACAGGACAUUGCAAGCGAUGGAGAAGAAUGGAAGCAUAUUUAUCAAGCUGGGACAACACCUGACAAGCUUGAACUACCUACUGCCGAGCGAGUGGUGUGACACCUUCAUACCGCUCCAGGAUAAAUGUCCCGUGAGCAGCUUCAGCAGUAUCAAUGAGAUGGUGCAUAAAGAUACGGGAAAGUACUUGGAGGAGUACUUCAGCGAAUUUGCGGCGGAGCCUAUUGGAGCGGCAUCGCUAGCGCAAGUACACAUUGCAAGAUUGAAGGACAGCGACGAAAAGGUCGCAGUGAAAGUACAGCAUCCGAGCUUGGACGAGUGGGCGGCAUUGGAUAUGGAGGUGACCAAGUUCACUUUCAGGACUCUGCGAUACUGGUUCCCGGAGUACGAUCUCACCUGGCUGAGCGACGAGGUGGAAGCCAGUUUACCGAAAGAGCUAGACUUCAGGGAAGAAUGCAGGAAUGCGAUCAGAUGCAAAGAAUACUUCUCCCACAUCAAAGGGACGCCCUUGGUCGUGCCGGAGGUAUACCAGGCAGAUCGAAGAUUUCUGGUCAUGGAGUACAUCACAGGACAUCGGCCAGACGAUCUGGAAUACCUCGAUGCGAAUGGCAUCUCGAGAGAUGAAGUCGCCGCCGCUCUUUCCCGCAUAUUCAACGAGAUGAUUUUCGGUGACGGUGCACCGCUGCACUGCGAUCCUCACGGCGGCAACCUGGCAAUCAGAAUCAACAACAAACGACGCAAGCCGGGAAAUUUUGACGUCGUUCUAUAUGACCAUGGCCUAUACCGUGAUAUCCCUCAACACAUUCGACGGGCAUACGCUCACAUCUGGCUGGCAGUGCUCAAUACCGACAUCCCGGAAAUGCGAAAGUAUGCCUACGAGAUAGCCGGUCUCACAGACGACGAGUUCCCCAUCUUCGCCUCAGCCAUCACAGGUCGCGACUACAGUGUCCUCACGCGCGAUAUCACCCAAGACCGCAACGAAGAAGAAAAGCGCAGCAUGACCGAAGCUCUCGGUCAAGAUCUCGUUGGGAAACUUGUUGGCAUGCUAGGGCGUGUCCCACGAGUCAUCCUCCUUAUCCUUAAAACCAACGACCUGACUCGAAGUCUUGAGGAGAAUCUCCACACCACAACAGGCCCAGUGAGAUCUUUCAUGAUCCUCGCGAGGUAUGCGGCGAGGUGUGUAUGGGAAGAGGAGUGGGAUCUUGUGAAAGGAAGUGUCCUUUGGCCGACGAAUCUGAUCCAUCUCAGCGCGGCCCUGUAUGGGUAUGCGAAGGUUGCGCUGAAGUUGAAGGUGUAUGAGUACUACCUGAGUGCUAGGAGGAGGCUGGGUGUUGCGGAGAAGUAUGCGAAUGGGUUGGAGGCGUUUCAGUGA